CUUAAUAUGCAGAAUGUUUUUGUAUAGAUAUAAAUUUAUUAAUCAAUUGUAAGCUUGCCUUUCCGAUUAUUUGGUGAAAAUGAGUUAAGAACUAAGAAGUAAUGCCCUAUCAAUAAAAAACAAAGGAAACGUCAGUUGGUUGUUUAUCAAUAACUAUGCGAACAUACAGUCGUAAAACUAAGAGGCCUGUACUUCUUGAGGGUGUUUUAGAACUGUGCCGGCUUUGUCUUAAUAAAGUGACUACACCAACGCCAAUUUACAAUGAUGACGAUCAAUCGUACUGUUUGCCUUUACCUAUGAGAAUUUUGACGUGCCUUGGUUUCGAGAUAACUAAAGAUGAGGGUUUACCUAAUAUCAUAUGCUCACAGUGCCUUGAAGACUUAAACAAAUUCUAUAAUUUUAAAAAGAAAUGUAUACUUGCAUAUAAAAAGUUAAAAUCUCAUUACUUGGCUGUGAAGCAGAAGGAAAAUCCAAAAAUUGAAUAUGAAGAACUUUUAGGAUCUUGUAAUCUUGAAUCUGAUAUUAUAUCAAAUGAAGAGGUACAGAAUAGCUUUGAUGAAAAUGAAAUCGUCUUGUCUUUGGCAGAGGAAGAUUCUCUUGAAGUAAUUAAUAUAUUUAAAACUGAAGAACAACUAACGGAGCAGGUUGAAAAGGAUGAAGAAGUGCAAAUUGAUACAACUCAGAACAACAAUGAUAGCCUAAAUUUUUUAAAUUCAACUCCAGCGCCGUCUAUUCCAUUCGUUCCGGAGGAUGUAUCAAACUUCUUAUCAACAAUUCUACUACAAUUGGGUGUACUCACUAAAGAUAAUGACCAAAUAGCUGUUGUCAAUCAAACAUUCAAGAAUGUACAACUUGACACAAAUGAUGGCUCUGUAACAUUGGAACUUGUGGAAGAAGACGAGGUGGAUCCGCAAUUGAUACAAACUCACCUUAAACUAGAACCCAAAGAAGAUAAUAUUAAAAAUGGCUCCGUUAAUUAUGUAUAUGAUGCAAAUAAGGGUUUAGUCCCCAUGGGUAAGGAAAUUUGCAGCACUUGCGGCAAAAGGUAUUCAACGCGGGCUGCGUUGGCUCGGCACCAAUAUAUUCACUCAGGCGUUCGCCCCUUCAUCUGUGAAGUGUGCAACCGAGCAUUCAACCAGCGGGAUAUACUCAGGCGACACAUGCUAGUUCACGAACAAGAGCGGCCAUUCCGAUGUCGGGCGUGUGCGAGAGGAUUCACUCAGCGUGCUGCUCUACGUUCGCACGAACUGACUCACAUGCCUGGCCGACUCAUGUCCUUACACCGGUGUCAACUUUGUCCUAAGAUGUUCCUACACGCUUCAGGUCUCAGUCGUCAUCAAGCCACGCACGCAAAUCGAACGUACGCGUGUGACUCGUGUUCGCGACCAUUUAACGAUUCGAGCUCGCGUAACCGGCACAUGAAGAUUUGUAAAAAGAGGCCACGUUCAUAGCAAAUUUGGAUUAUGAACCGAAUCGACGUGACGAUUAGCCAACGCCCUCUGUGGGCGAAAUUGGUGCUGUUUAGACUAAGAUUCUUAGUAUUUCUAGUAAAGUAAGAUAUGAAUUGUAAUUAUUUUAAGCAGAUUAAUUAAUUUAUUAAUAAACAUUGAAGUUUUC